CGCCGAAGUUACCUCCCAUUGAUGAGACAUCUGGCGUUGUCUCAGAAACAUCAUCUUUCAGAAUGCCACCAAAAGGAAAGAAAGGAAAGAAAGGGAAAAAGGGAAAGGGUAAAGAAAAAGCACCUCAGGAACAGAAACCAUCAGAACCAACGGAAAAGGAAAAAAUGCUACAGAAUGAGCUUGCAAAAGUAACAAAAGAGCUUGAGGAUUCCAAAAACAGGGUGGAGGAAUUACGAAAGGAAAAUGAAUGGUUGCAGCAAGAAGCACAAAAAAUACGCAUCGAAAGUCAUGAAUAUAUGACCUACAUUGAAAAGAAGACCAAUAAGCGCCAGACAACUAUAAUCACUCUCAGUGACCAUAACAAGCAAGAGAUUGAAAACAUAUCACUUGAGCGCCAAAUCAUGGAAGAAGAAUUUGAUGAUAAAAAAAGAGCACUGGAGACUGUGCUGCUGGAAAAGCAACAUAUGCUAGAGAAAACCAUACAAGAGUUAAAUGACCUACAAGAAUACCAGAACCUUCAAACUGAGCUGCAGACAAAGAUUCGAGACCUGGAGAAGCAGGUGAAAGAGAUGCGAGCACAUCACACUAAUGCCAUACGGAACAUGAAGUCAGACUUUCUUCAGCAGAAGCGAGAGUUUCUAGAAGAUUCAGAUUUUCGCAUCCAGACUUUGGAGAAAAAGGCUAAUAAGGAAGCAUUUCAGUGCCUGACAGAUCACACCAACCGCAUUAAGCUGGAAAACAGGGCUUUGAGGCAGGAACUACUUAUGCUGAUUCAGACCACAAGAUCCCUCACUCAGCAUCAAAAAAAACUGGAAGACCAGAGAAGAAAAUUGCAACAUGAGCAAACCUAUGCUAAUGAUCUUAGAAAGCUGCGUGAAAAGCGGCAACAGAAGUCAUACAAACAAGUUGAAAUUCUUGAAGAUCAUCAAGAAGAUUUGGAGUAAUCUAUGAAUUUUAAGCAUACAGUUAUGCAGCAUAACGAUUUCAGGAUAUUCGUGAUGUCAUCUGUCACACAUACACUCUGCACAAACUCCCCAGAAGUAUGGACUCGUACACACCCAACAAAGGUUAUACAUACACGGUUAUUUUCUAUUAUCAGCAACAUUUAUUCAUGAUUGUGACAUGCUUCUACUACUUAAAGCUUUGCAUACAAGCUUUAUUGAUUCAUUCGUCAGUGUUUUUCAUACUCUGAAAUGUGGAAACUGCAGAAAAUUCUUGCUUUGUUAUAGAUUAUUAAUAUGUUCAAAGGCUCUUGCAAAUAAGACAGUGAGAUAGGCUGUGACUGCAUGCAUGUGCACUUGUUUGUGGAAGUGUAUAUAUAUAUAUAAGUGCAUUCACACACCUUUGUAUAUUCAUAUCUUAUGCAUUCUUUUAUGCAUGAACAUUUGCCUUUUUUCUUUUUUGUCGACUUCGCAUUGAUAUGUCAGCUGCAUGCAAACAUUAAUCCUGAUACAAUUCACCAUCCACAUUCUUGUUGUAUGCAUAUGCCUUUAUAUUAACUCCUUUAAAGGAAAACUUUAAAAGUCACAAAGUUUCUGCUUCAUCAGAAACAAACUCAAGCAAGUCAUCUCUCAGGAACUAAGCAAAAUUUGGAACUAUUUGAAGGCAAGAGCUACAUCCAUAGUGCAAGGAUCUCAUCACUGGUUUAUCUUUCUUCUUUCUGAGUUAUAAUGUAUAGGCUUCAAAGGAGUCUGUUAGGACAUAUAAUGAUUAUUAAUAAACUUUCAUCAUUAGCUCUGCUCAGUUAACAUUAUGCAGUCUGUGCAUAGACUUGAUCAUGAUUCAUUAGCUUGAAUAUAGUCCUCUUAAUUUUGUACUUCAAUUUCCUGACAAUAAAAGGCAAGUGGUUUU